CAUGAGAACUCACACGGGUGAAAAACCUUACGUUUGUAAGUUAUGUGAUCAUAAAUUUGCACUAUCAAGUCAUUUAGUGAGACACAUGAGUACUCACACGGGUGAAAAACCUUUUACUUGCGAGUUAUGUGACUACAAAUGUGCACAAAAUAGUCAUUUAGUGCAACACAUGAGAACUCACACGGGUGAAAAACCUUACGUUUGUAAGUUCUGUGAUUAUAAAUUUGCAGGAACUAGUCAUUUAGUGAGACACAUGAGAACUCACACUGGUGAAAAACCUUACAUUUGUAAGUUUUGUGAUCAUAAAUUUGCACGAACUAGUCAGUUAGUGAGCCACAUGAGAACUCACACGGGUGAAAAACCUUAUGUUUGUAAGUUAUGUGAUUAUAAAUUUGCACAAACUAGUCAUUUAGUGAGACACAUGAGUACUCACACGGGUGAAAAACCUUUUAUGCGACACAUGAGAACUCACACGGGUGAAAAACCUUUUGCUUGCGAGCUAUGCGAUUACAAAUGUGCACGUAAAUCUCAUUUAAAGACUCAUAUGCGAACUCACACAGUUGAAAAACCUUUUACUUGCGAGCUAUGUGAUUAUAAAUUUGCACAAGUUAGUCAUUUAUUGAGCCACAUGAGAACUCACAUGGGUGAAAAACCUUUUACUUGCGAGUUUUGCGAUUACAAAUGUGCACUUAAGUCUAAUCUGGCGAGGCACAAAAUAACUCACACGGGUGAAAAACCUUUUACUUGCGAGUUAUGCGAUUACAAAUGUGCACUUAAGUCUAGUCUGGCGAGGCACAAAUUAACUCACACGGUUUGAAAAACCUUACAUUUGUAAGUUGUGUGAUUAUAAAUGUGCACGAACUAGUCAUUUAGUGACACACAUGAGAACUCACACGGGUGAAAAACCUUUUGCUUGCGAGCUAUGCGAUUACAAAUGUGCACGUAAGUCUAGUCUGGCGAGACACAGGAGAACUCACACUGAUACAAAUCCUCCGUCAUGUUCGUGAGCCGCACGCGGCACUCCGCCGCCGGCGCAUGCUCAGGAGAUACACUCUUGUUGAACUGUUUGCUGAAGCAUUAUCCUUAUCCUAAUCCUACGAAUAUUAUAAAUGUGAAAGUGUGGAUGUUUGGAUGUUUGUUACUCAAUCACGCUAAAAUUAUUGGACGGAUUUGGCUGAAAUUUGGAAUGGAGAUAGAUUAUACCCUGGA